CGGGCGGCGGGGGCGGCGGCGGCGGCGGCGGUGGCCGGGCGGGCGCGACGGCCGGGGCGGCGGCGCCGCUGCUGCUGCUGCUGCUGCUGCGGGGAGCAGGCGGCGGCGGGGGCGGCGGCGGCAGCCCGCACCAGCCAUGCCGAAUAAAAACAAGAAGGAGAAAGAAGUACCGAAAGCCGGGAAAAGCGGAAAAAGUUCCAAAGAGGGACAGGACACGCUGGACUCGGAGCUGAUUCCCAGCAGCAGGAAAAACAGCCUUGUUGCUGUCCCGCCUACGGUGUCUACCAAGAUCAAGGUGCCGGUCCUGCAGCCCAUAGUGAAGAAAGACAAGCGGCAGAACUCCUCCCGGUUCAGUGCCAGCAAUAACAGGGAACUUCAGAAACUGCCGUCUUUGAAAGAUGUUCCUCCUGCUGACCAAGAGAAGCUCUUCAUCCAGAAGCUGCGGCAGUGCUGCGUCCUCUUCGACUUUGUCUCCGACCCGCUGAGCGACCUGAAGUGGAAGGAGGUGAAGCGAGCGGCGCUGAGCGAGAUGGUGGAGUACAUCACCCACAACCGGAACGUGAUCACCGAGCCCAUCUACCCCGAGGUGGUGCACAUGUUUGCAGUUAACAUGUUUCGAACAUUGCCACCUUCCUCCAAUCCCACGGGAGCAGAGUUUGACCCCGAGGAAGAUGAACCAACGUUAGAAGCAGCCUGGCCUCACCUGCAGCUUGUUUAUGAAUUUUUCUUAAGAUUUUUAGAGUCUCCAGAUUUCCAACCUAAUAUAGCGAAGAAGUAUAUUGAUCAGAAGUUUGUGUUGCAGCUUCUAGAGCUCUUUGACAGUGAAGAUCCUCGGGAGAGAGAUUUUCUGAAAACCACCCUUCACAGAAUCUACGGGAAGUUCUUAGGCUUGAGAGCUUACAUCAGAAAACAGAUUAAUAAUAUAUUUUAUAGGUUUAUUUAUGAAACAGAGCAUCACAAUGGCAUAGCAGAAUUACUGGAAAUACUGGGAAGUAUAAUUAACGGAUUUGCCUUACCACUCAAAGAAGAGCACAAGAUUUUCUUACUGAAGGUGUUGUUACCUUUGCACAAAGUGAAGUCCCUGAGUGUCUACCACCCCCAGCUGGCCUACUGUGUCGUGCAGUUUCUAGAGAAGGACAGCACCCUCACGGAACCAGUGGUGAUGGCACUCCUCAAAUAUUGGCCAAAGACUCACAGUCCAAAAGAAGUCAUGUUCUUAAACGAAUUAGAAGAAAUAUUAGACGUCAUCGAACCUUCCGAGUUUGUGAAAAUCAUGGAGCCCCUGUUCCGGCAGCUGGCCAAGUGCGUCUCCAGCCCGCACUUCCAGGUGGCAGAGCGAGCGCUGUACUACUGGAACAACGAGUACAUCAUGAGCCUCAUCAGUGACAACGCAGCCAAGAUCCUGCCCAUCAUGUUCCCAUCCUUGUACCGCAACUCCAAGACCCACUGGAACAAGACAAUACACGGCUUGAUAUACAACGCCCUGAAACUCUUCAUGGAGAUGAACCAAAAACUGUUUGACGACUGCACCCAGCAGUUUAAGGCAGAGAAGCUGAAAGAGAAGCUAAAAAUGAAAGAACGAGAAGAAGCAUGGGUUAAAAUAGAAAAUCUAGCCAAAGCCAAUCCCCAGUACUCACUGUGUAGUCACGCGAGCACCGUGAGCAUGCCGCUUGCCAUGGAGACAGACGGGCCCUUGUUUGAAGAUGUGCAGAUGCUGAGAAAGACCGUUUCCGACGAGGCGCGGCAGCAGCUGGUCGGGAGAAAGGCAGUGUCGAGCACGCAAGUAAGGAAGGUGUAGGACCCGGCAGGUGGGCAGUGCAGGCACAGAAAGACCCGAAGAAGGAGCGUCCUCUUGCGCGUCGCAAGUCCGAGCUGCCUCAGGACCCCCACACCAAGAAAGCCUUGGAAGCUCACUGCAGAGCCGACGAGCUGGUCCCCCAGGACGGGCGCUAGCUCCCUGGCCCCGCGGCACGGCCGCCCCGCCGCUGCCGGCCCGGAGCCUGUAGAAGAUAACUCCCUUCUGUGUGCCAUACCAAUCAGUUACACUCAAACCCCACGCUUUCUCCGACCCAGUCCGUAGCACGUGUCCACCUCAGCUCCAGAUGAGGGGUUCAAACAAUGGUGGCUUCUCAGAGCCCGCGGGCAGAGCCGAGGGCUGGUGGCCAUGUCCCCACCCCGGCAGAGCCCCCGGGGCUCCGUAUCCCGAAAGCAGAGCUGUAGGGAAGCACCCUGGGCACCCUCCUCACGCUCAGCCCUGGCGGAAGUUGGGAGCCUUCCAAACAGGCGGUUCUGGGGAAACACCGAUGCUCUUCCAAUCCGAGGGACGCUUUAAGGGUAUUGCCUGCUCUUUGAAAGACUUCACGGCCUUUGGAAUGGUUUCUGCGUGAUUGUGGUGAGAGCGGUUUUUCGUGUGUUUGUGGUUUCAGUCUCGCGGAGACAGCCCUUGCUCUCGCGUUCUGACGUGGCCGUCCUCAGCCACUGGGCCCAGCCGGGGUGUUCACUGGAUUCACACGUGCAGCCCGUGUCCUGCUUCUCUGUGUACACCUGAAGCCAUAUCUUCAAGCCUGUGGUACAGCACCAGGGUUCCAGGAGUAAGCUGUGGGAGAGAGCUUGCUCUGUCUACCUGGGAUGCAGGUGGAACGUUUAAAUUAUGUGUUCCUAUUUCGUAUUUGCAGAAUUAUCUUCAUCAGCUCGUACACUGUUGCCCCUCAUCAAGGCUCUUGAGUGAAUGAAGUGGCAGUCCCUACGGCCUGCACGUCGUGUAGAAAGUUAGACGGUCUGGGGCUAAGCCAGCUCCUGGGCUGACGCAGGCUGCCGCUGCCUGCGGGCACAGUCACGGGGACACGCGGCGCCGGGCACACCAGGGCCCCUUGCAGUUCUGUGGUUCUGAGAGUGAGGAAGCCGUCCCCAAGGCCUGGUGAAGAGGGCAGUGUCGGAGCCGUCCCCGGUCUCCACGCCUGGGUGUGUCCCGGGCUCCCCGGCACGCCCGGUGCCUCGGCUGGAAAUGGGGCAGCUUCGUCUGUCCUUCCUUGCUCUCAGGGUGGCCGCUGUUUGGACGGACUCCUGCCGCCCGAAAGCUGCUGGAGGAGUGUGCUAGUGACGCUAGGUCGUUCUGUCUCUGGCGUGAGAUUGUGUAACUCAGUGGUCAGUGUCCUGAUGCGUGCAAGAGAUGAAAUGAGGCUUCUUUCAGGGUCUGGUGUUUAGACCGAGGUCUCUGGUGUCCGCUGAAUGACAGCUGUGCAGGCUGUGCAGCUGUGCAGCCACAGCGCGGGGCCAGCUGCCCGUGGCUUCCCCUUCCCCAAGCUGUGUGUCGGGGGGGGAGCCCCUGCCCAGAGGGGACUGCCCGUGUUCCCGAGCAGGUGCAGGAAUGACACCUGAGGCGGCCCCAGCUGGGAGUGGCCACUCAGCUCCGAGGGACUUGCUAAGUAUCUGUCCGCUCCACCAUUAUAAAAUCUACCCUUUACAAAAACCAACAAGUUUAGAUGCCUUCUCCUCUUGAGGGAAAAAGGGUGCUUUUUACUGUACAAAGCGUAUUUUGAUAAACCAUUGUUUGAACUGCCGUCCGUAGCUGAUAGCUGCUCCGAUGCCCUUGACCCUGGGUGCUGGGGGUGUCGCUGGGACAGAGUUCCGGGAAGACGUCCUUCUCGCCCCAGGGGAAAAGCAGAGCACCUGUGGCCGGGCGCCUGUGUGAGGCUCAACCCGUGAGAACACCUUUCUGUCCAGGUGUUAUUUCCGCUCCUCACUGAAAACAAAGGUUCACCAGAAAGGGAGGGGGGAGUUUUGAGAGCUGAUUUUCUCAGAGGAGCGCGCGCUCCGGUGGCCUGGUAGAGUUCCCCUAGAGGGCUCGGUCCCCGCGCUCCGUCAUCGGCGUGCCCGGCGCGAGCUGGUGACUGUUUUCAUCAAGUUCUGCAUUCGGGCAUCUUCGCUCUUCCCAAAAUGCAUCUGUGCAUCAGAAAUGUCACUAUUCCGAGUGUCUUUUUAGUGUGGCUAGUAUGGCUUCCUUUUAAUAUUGUACAUACAUUGUAUCUUUGUUUUAUGGUAAUAAGUAAUAAAAAUGUAGACUUCAUAUUUUGUACAAAAUGUCCUAUGUACAGAAUAAAAAAGUUCAUAGAAACAGCAAAAAUAGGUAAGUGGCACAAUUAUUUUUCUUUAGAAAAUAGCUAACUUUAUGCCCUAGUGAAAUGCUAAUUAAGUACCUACGUAUUUUUUAACAUUUUGUAAUUCAAAGCUUUUUGUUUUGACAUUGUUUAUGAAGAGAAGCUUCAUACACUCGCCAUUUAAUAUGCUCUUUUAUCGAAUUUUAAAAAACUAAAAAAUGGUGUAUGAUAUGGACUAAAUAAAAAACAUGUGACUUUCACUGCUCA